AUGCCUAUGUGCGGUGGAACAAAGUCUGUGCAGCGCAAGCUGGUGCUUCUCGGUGACGGUGCAUGCGGAAAGACCUCGUUACUUAACGUCUUCACAAGAGGUUACUUCCCAACAGUAUAUGAGCCUACAGUAUUCGAGAACUACGUACACGACAUCUACAUCGACAACACACACGUCGAGCUUAGUUUAUGGGACACAGCCGGACAGGAAGAAUUUGACAGGCUGCGAUCGCUGAGCUACGAUGACACGCACGCGAUCAUGCUUUGCUUUUCGGUCGACUCACCGGACUCGCUGGAGAACGUAGAAACGAAAUGGGUCGGCGAAAUAGCAGAGAACUGCCCCGGCGUCAAGCUCGUACUUGUUGCACUAAAGUGUGACUUGCGGAAAAAAGAAGACGAUGACGCCGACGACCAAGAGCCCGAGAAGCCAUGCAUCGAUUACAACGAAGGUCUGCGCGUAGCAGAGAAGAUCAAGGCGCUGCGGUACUUGGAAUGCUCCGCCAUGAAGAACCGAGGCGUCAACGAGGCCUUUACCGAAGCCGCUCGUGUCGCUCUGCAGGUUAAGACCAGCAAAGACCAAAGCGGCGGCUGCACCAUCCUCUAG